AUGGCAGCAUCAGCAUCAGCGCAGAAGGUGAUGAGGAGUGCGCCCUCACGGGCACGGGGCACGAUGAAGCGCCUCUUCGCCCUCGACGAGGCACCGCCCCUAGACCAGCUCGCCUUCAUGUGCUCGCAGACGGCGACACGCGAUCAUUACCCUCUCGCAGCCACGGUAGAAAGGAACGUGCCCAUCUACAACCUCCCUCCCUCUUACUCAUCCCUACCGUCCGCGGAGCGCAGCGCCCUGCAAGACGAGUGGUACCGUAUCCUGCACAGCGGACCGGGCGUGUUCGUGACCAAGGGCCUGUUCCGCGACCGCAGCCUGCUGGAGCGGUCCAACAAGGCCUUCUACUCCAUCAUCGAGCGGGAGCGCGCAGGCGGCGUGUCGCAGGGCGAUCACUUUGCCGCCGCGGGGAAGAAUGACCGCAUCUGGAACUCGUUCAGCAAGCACGCCCUCGCCGACCCGGCCUCGUUUGCAGACUACUACGGGAACCCGUUCCUGGGCCUCAUCUCGUCCGCAUGGCUGGGCGGCGGGCACAGGAUCACGGCGCAGGUGAACAAUAUCCGGCCGGGGUCCAAGGCCCAGGUCUGCCACCGGGACUACCACCUCGGCUUCCAGACGGCCGACGGCGCGGCACAGAUACCCAGGGCGAUGCACGUCGCGAGCCAGUUCCUCACGCUCCAGGGCGCCGUGGCGCACGUCGACGUCCCGCCGGAGAGCGGGCCCACGCGGCUGCUGCCCUUCUCGCAGACGUUCGAGCAAGGGUACAUGGCCUACCGCCGGCAGGAGUUCGUCGACUACUUUGACGCGCACUAUGUCGCCCUGCCCAUGGAGCAGGGCGACGGCAUCUUCUUCAACCCGGCGCUCUUCCACGCCGCGGGCGAGAACGUCAGCGCCGGCGUUAACCGCAUGGCCAACCUGCUGCAGAUCAGCAGCCCCUUUGGGAAGCCGAUGGAGUCGGUCGACGCCUUGCCGCUGCUGGACGCGUGCUGGGACGAGAUCGUCGCGAGGCACAGGAGGCAGGGGAGGAGUGAUGCAGUGGAUGCGCUGUUGUGUGCGAUAUUUGAGGGCUAUGCGUUCCCCACCAACCUGGACAACAACCCUCCCCGGCCGGGAGGCCUGGCGCCCGUGUCUGAGCUUGAUGUUGCCAUCAGGGGUUUGGAGGAGGGAUGGAGCAGAGAGAAGCUCGUAAGCGAGUUCAAGACUCAUCGGGACAUGUCACGGCCAUGA